UCUCUCUUUCUCUCUCUCUCUUACACAACACACACCUCUCACAUGUCCAACUUGAUUCUUAGCUUGUGUACCUUCCACACCUCAAAUCUCUAACAAGUCCCCCACCCCCAACUAGAGUGUUGCUACUACUAUAAACUCGAACAUAAGUUUCGUUCAUGUUCAGUUUGAAAGGAAGUGGGGGAGAGAAAAUAGAGAUAGGACAGCAAUGGGGGGUACUCAAAGCCCACCAUACUACACCCCACUCUCUAAACCUACGCCCACCGCCCCCUCUUACUUAAAGAAGCCCAAACUCUACUCUUUAGCCAUCAUAACCAUCCUCUGCUCCCUCUCCUACCUCUUCGGUGCUUGGCAACACGGCGGAGCCACCUCCUCCUCCCCCACCUCCAACCUCGGCGCCACCAUCCCUUGCUUCUCCACCUCCCAGAACAACACCAUCACCAAUACAAACACCCAAUCCCACUCCUCCUCCUCCUCCAAUGCCCCGAAGCUAGACUUCGCAUCCCACCACUCCGCCGACGACGGCGGCGUCACCACCCUCUCCCCCGCUAUCAAAUCAUACCCCCCGUGCGACAUCAAGUACAGCGAGUACACCCCAUGUGAGGACCAAGAAAGAUCGCUGAAAUUCGACCGGGACAGGCUGAUCUACAGAGAGAGACACUGCCCGGAGAAGAAUGAAUUGCUGAAAUGCCGGGUGCCCGCUCCGUACGGGUACAAGAACCCGUUUCAAUGGCCGCUGAGCAGGGAUCUCGCUUGGUACGCCAAUGUACCACACAAAGAGCUUACGGUGGAGAAAGCUGUCCAGAAUUGGAUCCGAUUCGAGGGCGACCGGUUCAGGUUCCCGGGUGGCGGCACCAUGUUUCCUAACGGUGCUGAUGCCUACAUUGAUGAUAUUGGCAAGUUGAUUAAUUUGAAAGAUGGGUCUAUUAGGACCGCUAUUGAUACUGGCUGUGGGGUUGCCAGUUGGGGAGCUUACCUUUUGUCCCGAAAUAUCCUUGCGAUGUCGUUUGCACCGAGAGACACACACGAAGCGCAGGUGCAAUUCGCGUUGGAGCGGGGAGUUCCGGCUUUGAUCGGUGUUAUUGCCUCCAAGAGGCUUCCUUACCCGUCAAGGGCUUUCGACAUGGCUCAUUGUUCACGUUGCCUCAUUCCGUGGGGGCAAUACGACGGUGCCUACUUGAUUGAAGUCGACCGAAUUUUGAGGCCGGGAGGAUAUUGGAUCCUCUCCGGCCCGCCCAUCCACUGGAAGAAACACUGGAAAGGGUGGGAGCGGACAAUGGAGGAUUUGAAUGCAGAGCAAAUGCAGAUCGAGAAUGUAACGAGAAGUUUGUGCUGGAAAAAGUUGAUCGAGAAGGACGACAUCUCUAUAUGGCAAAAACCAGCCAAUCACUUGAAGUGCAAAAAGUUCCGGACUGUUGUACGAAAUCCUCCGUUUUGUCCUGCCCAGAAUCCUGAUCAAGCUUGGUACACAAACUUAGAAACAUGUUUGACCCCUUUGCCUGAAGUUUCCAACAAGGAAGAGGUUGCGGGAGGCCAACUUGAAAAAUGGCCAGAACGAUUGAACACUAUACCUCCUAGAAUUAGUAGGGGGACGGUAAAUGGAGUUACUGCUGAAACUUUUCAGCAAGACACGCAACUGUGGAAGAAGAGAGUCUCAUACUAUAAAAAGGUUAACAACCAGCUCGGCCAAGCAGGGAGGUACCGCAACAUCCUUGACAUGAAUGCCUUCUUGGGUGGAUUCGCUGCUAAUUUGAUUGAUGAUCCGCUUUGGGUGAUGAAUGUAGUCCCAGUCGAGGCUAAAGUCAACACACUAGGUGUUAUCUAUGAACGAGGGUUGAUCGGGACUUACCAGAGCUGGUGUGAGGCAAUGUCGACUUAUCCUAGAACAUAUGAUCUCAUCCAUGCUGAUUCAGUUUUUACACUCUACAAGGAUAGGUGUGAAAUGGAAGACAUUAUGUUAGAAAUGGACAGGAUUCUAAGACCGGAAGGUAGUCUGAUCAUCCGAGACGAUGUAGAUAUACUGGUGAAGGUGAAGAGAAUAGCGGACGCAUUGAACUGGGAAAGUCAGAUCGUAGAUCACGAGGACGGGCCGUUGGAGAGGGAAAAGCUUCUGUUUGCAGUGAAGUUGUAUUGGACAGCUCCAGCUUCUUCAGCAGAUGAUGAGCAACAAUCUAAAGCUACUUAGACAUCUUCUUCCUUUGCAGCUAAUCUAUAUAUGUCCUUUUAACAGAAAUUGUUCAGUUCUCUUGUUAUUGAUUAUCUUAUAGUUAUAACUCUUUCUUGAUCAAGCCCAAGUCAGAUGAAUUUUAAAUUGUGAUUAGUUGAUAAUCCAUUAUUUUAAGAGUUUUGAUCAGGAACUCAGGGAAUAAUGUAUAAUUAAUUUGCCACAUGCAUUA